CGCCUUCUUGUUCUGUCUCCCCCUCUGCCCACCCACUUGACGCCCCAAUGUUUAGCCGCUCCGCCAGCCGGGCGGCGCCGGAGCCCUUUGCCACCAGUCUCCCCCGGCCCGACCCGCCCUCCUGGUGGCGGUACGAGAUGCAAUGGGAUGCACACGAGGUGACGCCCGGCCUGUUCAUCGGGCCCUGGUCGGUGGUUGCCCCGCAGAACCCCUUUCUACAGUCCGCCUCCAUCACCCAUGUGCUGAUGCUGCGGCAGCCGGCAGACCGCCACCCCGGGCCGGAGCUGGCCGAGUCGCUGGCCGCACGGCGCUGCUUCAGUUCCCUGGUCGAGUGGGAUGUCGGGCCGCAGCCAAGCGGCACGCUUCCCAUCCCGCUGCUGCGCGACCUCUGCCAGUCAAUCCAUUUCAUUUUACAGAAUGGCGGCCGAGUGUUGGUCUGCUGCUCAAAUGGGAGCCGUGUGUCUGGCCUCUUGGCCGUGGCCUACCUCCUGCAGACAGACCCCUCUCUCUCGGUGACCAACGCGGCGAUCCGCGCACGCGCGCGGCGUUUCUGCCUCACCUUCGACUCGUGGGAUUUGCGUCAGCUGAAGGAGCUGGAGCACAUGGUCCAGACCGUGGCCGCCAUCCAAGCGGCAGCCGCCAGAAGAGCUGCCUCCUUGUCUGGCCUGGACACCGGGCUCAAUCCUCGAAAGCGCCGGCCCACGGAGCGCCUGCCUCCCGGGACACCUCCGGCCCAUGGGGCACCCCUCCCGUCACCCAAAGCCCCACGCCUGUAUUGAGGUUACUUUGUCCUUCCUUUUUUUUUCUGCCCCCCCCCCCCUCCUCCCUGCACGGCGACUGUAAAGCGUGUACCUGCGCGGAGUGCGCUCUGGCAAGGAAUGGCAUGGCCAAAUACACAGACAGGUGCCGGGAG